GGGUAGCAAAACAGCAGCUAGCAACAGCUUCCUUAAAGCCGCUGGCUAGUGCUACACGGUGUGGUAGAGAAAAAUAGAAACGGGACAUUGGUGCGAGUUAACGGCUCGUGUGGUUGACGUUAUUUGUUUUUGUCCCAGUUUAUUUGCAAAUGUCAGUGUCGGAUGUAGAUAUUUUUUAAACUGUGAUGUUUACGUAGCUUAUUAGACUGUAUGAAGUAUCACCGAGCAGCUCAACAGAAGCAGGGCCAUAUCAACAUCCUUACCCUCAUCCGGAAAAUCAACGAAGCUAACAUUAGGCAGCUAAUGCCAGGCUAGCUAGCAGGUUAGCUUUCAGAAGUGUGUCGACGCCAAGACCUAGAUUUGACUGAGUCGAUUUUAUCAACGCAAACGUCGCUAUGGCUGAUGUUGACAAGCUCAACAUAGACAGUAUAAUCCAGCGUCUUUUAGAAGUCAGAGGAGCAAAGCCUGGCAAGAAUGUGCAGCUGCAGGAGAAUGAGAUUCGUGGCUUAUGCCUCAAAUCCAGGGAGAUCUUUCUCAGUCAACCGAUUCUUCUGGAGCUGGAGGCCCCCCUCAAGAUUUGUGGUGACAUCCAUGGGCAAUACUAUGACCUACUGAGGCUGUUUGAGUAUGGGGGCUUCCCUCCAGAGAGCAACUACUUGUUUCUGGGAGACUAUGUGGAUAGGGGGAAGCAGUCUCUGGAAACCAUUUGUCUUCUGCUCGCCUACAAAAUCAAAUACCCUGAAAACUUCUUCCUGUUGAGGGGAAACCACGAGUGUGCUUCAAUCAACAGAAUAUAUGGUUUCUAUGAUGAGUGUAAAAGAAGGUAUAACAUCAAACUCUGGAAGACCUUCACAGAUUGUUUUAAUUGCCUCCCUAUUGCCGCCAUUGUUGAUGAGAAGAUCUUUUGCUGCCAUGGAGGACUGUCACCUGACCUUCAGUCCAUGGAGCAGAUUAGACGCAUCAUGCGCCCCACUGAUGUGCCCGACCAGGGUCUGCUGUGUGAUUUGCUCUGGUCUGAUCCAGACAAGGAUGUGUUGGGCUGGGGAGAGAACGACAGGGGCGUCUCAUUUACCUUUGGCUCAGAAGUGGUGGCUAAGUUCCUGCACAAGCAUGAUCUGGAUCUGAUCUGUCGUGCCCAUCAGGUUGUGGAGGAUGGCUAUGAAUUUUUUGCAAAGAGGCAGCUUGUCACUUUGUUCUCAGCUCCCAACUAUUGUGGCGAGUUUGACAAUGCAGGUGCCAUGAUGAGCGUGGAUGAAACCCUCAUGUGCUCCUUUCAGAUUUUGAAGCCAGCUGAGAAGAAGAAGUCCAAUGGCAGCCGUCCUGUGACUCCACCCCGCAACAUGGUCACCAAGCAAUCCAAGAAAUGAGGGGGGUGGGUGGGGGGCAAAUGGGGGGAGUCUCACUCUUCGCCUCUGCUUCCCUUGUCUGUGUUUGCCGGAUAGGUUAUCCUUCAUACUGUCAAUAUUGAAAAGAUUUCCACUCCUACCUGAUGAAAGAAAAUGUUUUUUUUUUUUUUUUGUCCACAGGGGUAAAUUGAUAAUUUCACCAUGAAUCCUCAGGUGUUUUGCACUCCAUUUUGCAGCUAG